GCCGGGGACCGCGGAAAGGCGGGCGGCGGGCAGGCCGGGGCGCUCACGCCCUCUAGCGGGGCCGCCGGGCCGGCGUGACGUGGGCUCCCGGAGCCGGCCUGCGGGCCCCGCCAGUCAGUCCGGGAGAGCGCAGAGCGCAGAGCCCGCGCAGCCUCGGCCACUAGGCGCGGCAGGGCCAAGCAGGGGCGCCGCGGACCGGGAGGGACGGGAACGCGCGGCCGCGAUCACGGCCACAGCCACGGCUGCGCCGGCAGCCCCGGCCCGGGCAGGGCCAGGAGAGGAGCGGCGACGCAGCGGCUGGCCCUGCAGGAGGCUUUCGGCCCCGCGGCCCCGUCCUCCCCGCUCUCCAAGCGGCGUCGGGCGAGCAGUGGCGCCAGGGACGGGGGAGGACGCGGACCCCGCUCCCUCUCGGCCGGGAGCCGCCGGAGUUCCGGACUUCUGCAACUGUUUGCGCUGCUUUGGGGUCUGGGUUGUGUCUGUGGACCUUUUGCUUAUCGCUGCCUGAAAACCCAACUCUCCGGUCCCCCUCGCCCUCCCACCCGGCCAGGCGCAAUCGGCACCAUGAGAACAGCUGGAACUUGGCUGGCGACUUUGGCCGGACUUCUGUUAACUGCGGGAGCCGAGACCUUCUCAGGUGGCUGCCUCUUUGACGAGCCGUACAGCAGGUGUGGAUAUAGUCAAGCCGAUGAUGACGACUUUAAUUGGGAGCAAGUGAACACCUUGACCAAACCAACAUCGGAUCCAUGGAUGCCUUCAGGCUCUUUCAUGUUGGUGAACACAUCUGGGAAGGUUGAGGAGCAGAGAGCCCACCUCCUCUUGCCUCAGCUGAAAGAAAAUGACACCCACUGCAUUGAUUUUCACUAUUUCGUAUCCAGCAAGAGUAAUUCUGCUCCUGGGUUACUCAAUGUCUACGUGAAAGUCAACAAUGGGCCUUUGGGGAACCCUAUCUGGAAUAUAUCUGGAGACCCAACACGUACAUGGAACAGGGCAGAGCUGGCCAUUAGUACUUUUUGGCCUAACUUCUAUCAGGUGAUUUUUGAAGUAAUAACUUCCGGACAUCAAGGCUACCUAGCUAUUGAUGAAGUGAAGGUGUUAGGACAUCCAUGUACCAGAACGCCCCAUUUCCUGCGGAUUCAGAAUGUGGAAGUGAAUGCUGGCCAGUUCGCCACCUUUCAGUGCAGUGCCAUCGGCAGGACCGUGGUUGGGGACAGACUUUGGCUUCAGGGCAUUGGUGUACGAGAUGCUCCCCUGAAGGAAAUAAAAGUGACCAGCUCCCGGCGAUUCAUAGCUUCCUUUAAUGUUGUGAACACCACAAAACGAGACGCCGGCAAGUACCGCUGCAUGAUCCGCACCGAAGGAGGUGUAGGGAUAUCAAACUAUGCUGAAUUGGUAGUUAAAGAACCUCCCGUCCCCAUCGCCCCGCCGCAGCUCGCCUCUGUGGGGGCGACCUACCUAUGGAUACAGCUCAACGCCAACUCCAUCAACGGAGACGGGCCCAUCAUAGCCAGGGAGGUGGAGUACUGCACGGCAAGUGGGAGCUGGAACGACCGGCAGCCUGUGGACUCGACGAGUUACAAAAUUGGGCACCUCGAUCCGGAUACGGAAUAUGAGAUCAGUGUGCUACUCACCAGGCCGGGGGAAGGUGGCACUGGGUCUCCAGGCCCAGCUCUGAGGACAAGAACAAAGUGUGCAGAUCCCAUGCGUGGCCCAAGAAAACUGGAAGUAGUGGAGGUCAAAUCUCGACAAAUCACCAUCCGCUGGGAGCCAUUUGGAUAUAAUGUAACUCGCUGUCAUAGUUACAAUCUCACAGUCCACUACUGUUACCAAGUUGGAGGACAGGAACAAGUUAGAGAAGAAGUAAGCUGGGAUACAGAUAAUUCACACCCCCAACAUACAAUCACUAACCUCUCACCAUAUACCAACGUUAGUGUGAAACUCAUCCUUAUGAACCCCGAGGGGCGGAAGGAAAGUCAAGAACUCAUAGUGCAGACAGAUGAAGACCUCCCAGGUGCCGUCCCUGCUGAAUCCAUCCAAGGAAGUACCUUUGAAGAGAAAAUAUUUCUUCAAUGGCAAGAACCAACUCAAACAUAUGGUGUAAUCACUUUAUAUGAGAUCACCUACAAAGCAGUCAGUUCCUUUGACCCAGAAAUUGAUUUAUCCGAUCAAAGUGGAAGAGUUUCAAAACUGGGAAAUGAAACCCAUUUUCUGUUUUUUGGACUGUAUCCGGGGACCACAUACUCCUUUACCGUCCGCGCUAGCACAGCUAAGGGUUUUGGACCUCCAGCAACAAAUCAGUUCACCACCAAAAUCUCAGCGCCCUCCAUGCCAGCUUAUGAAUUCGAGACGCCCUUGAAUCAGACUGACAACACAGUGACAGUCCUGCUGAAGCCAGCACACAGCCGAGGCGCCCCGGUCAGUGUCUACCAAAUAGUGGUUGAGGAAGAGCGUCCUCGAAGGUCUAAAAAGGCCAUGGAAAUACUGAAGUGCUACCCAGUGCCAAUUCACUUCCAGAAUGCAUCAGUCCUGAACUCGCAGUACUACUUCGCUGCAGAAUUUCCUGCAAAUAUCCUCCAAGCUGCUCAGCCUUUUACUAUUGGUGAUAAUAAGACUUACAAUGGAUUCUGGAACACCCCCCUUCUCCCUCAUAAAAGCUACAGAAUUUAUUAUCAAGCUGCUAGUAGAGCCAAUGGGGAAACCAAAAUAGACUGUGUCCAAGUGGCCACAAAAGCCGCGAUAAUCCUGACUCAGCUUACAACACCAUACAUUCGCAUCGCCCCUGCCGCAGGUGACGACCAGCUAACAGGAGCUGUCACUCCAAAACCAGUCCCAGAACCUGAGAAACAGACAGACCAUACUGUAAAAAUUGCUGGAGUCAUUGCUGGCAUCUUGCUGUUCGUUAUUAUAUUUCUUGGAGUUGUGUUGGUAAUGAAGAAAAGGAAACUGGCCAAGAAGCGGAAGGAGACAACGAACAGCACCCGGCAGGAGAUGACAGUGAUGGUGAGCUCCAUGGACAAGAGCUACGCGGAGCAGGGCACCAACUGUGACGAGGCCUUCUCAUUCGUGGACACACACAACCUCAACGGGCGCUCUGUGUCUUCCCCAUCGUCCUUUACAAUGAAAACGAAUACUCUGAGCACGUCGGUGCCCAAUUCCUAUUACCCAGACCCAUUUGUGCCAACUGCAAUUUUAGUGCCAAUAAAUGACGAGACCCACACGAUGGCCAGCGACUCCAGCAGCCUGGUGCAGUCGCACACGUACAAGAAGCGCGAGCCAGCCGACGUGCCCUACCAGACGGGGCAGCUGCACCCCGCCAUCCGCGUGGCAGACCUCCUACAACACAUCACCCAGAUGAAGUGCGCCGAGGGCUACGGCUUCAAGGAAGAAUACGAGAGCUUCUUUGAAGGGCAGUCUGCACCAUGGGACUCGGCUAAGAAGGAUGAGAACAGAAUGAAGAACAGAUACGGGAAUAUCAUCGCGUAUGAUCAUUCCCGGGUGAGGCUGCAGACAAUAGAAGGAGACACUGACUCAGACUAUAUCAAUGGAAAUUAUAUAGAUGGCUAUCAUCGACCCAAUCAUUAUAUUGCUACCCAAGGACCAAUGCAAGAGACCAUAUAUGAUUUCUGGAGGAUGGUGUGGCAUGAAAACACUGCAAGCAUAAUUAUGGUGACCAACCUUGUGGAGGUUGGAAGGGUCAAAUGCUGCAAAUACUGGCCAGACGACACAGAGAUAUAUAAAGACAUUAAAGUUACUCUAAUAGAAACAGAACUACUGGCAGAAUAUGUGAUAAGAACAUUUGCUGUUGAAAAGAGGGGCGUUCACGAGAUCCGCGAGAUCAGACAGUUCCACUUCACGGGCUGGCCGGACCACGGCGUGCCAUACCACGCCACGGGUCUGCUGGGCUUUGUCCGGCAAGUCAAAUCCAAGAGCCCACCCAACGCCGGCCCGCUGGUGGUGCACUGCAGUGCUGGGGCCGGAAGGACCGGCUGCUUCAUCGUCAUUGAUAUCAUGCUGGACAUGGCGGAAAGGGAAGGUGUGGUGGACAUCUACAACUGCGUCCGGGAGCUGCGUUCCCGCAGGGUGAACAUGGUGCAGACGGAGGAGCAGUAUGUGUUCAUCCACGAUGCGAUUCUGGAAGCCUGCCUUUGCGGAGACACCUCCGUCCCGGCUUCCCAAGUGAGGUCUCUGUACUACGACAUGAACAAGCUGGAUCCGCAGACCAACUCUAGCCAGAUCAAGGAGGAAUUCCGGACCCUCAACAUGGUGACGCCGACGCUGCGGGUGGAGGACUGCAGCAUCGCGCUGCUGCCCCGGAACCACGAGAAGAACCGCUGCAUGGACGUGCUGCCCCCGGACCGCUGCCUGCCCUUCCUCAUCACCAUCGACGGGGAGAGCAGCAACUACAUCAAUGCGGCGCUGAUGGACAGCUAUAAACAGCCUUCAGCUUUCAUAGUUACCCAGCAUCCUUUGCCAAACACAGUCAAAGACUUUUGGAGAUUGGUCCUGGAUUACCACUGCACGUCGGUCGUUAUGCUAAAUGAUGUGGACCCCGCCCAGUUGUGUCCCCAGUACUGGCCAGAAAAUGGAGUGCACAGACAUGGCCCCAUCCAGGUGGAAUUUGUUUCUGCUGACUUAGAAGAGGACAUCAUCAGCAGAAUAUUCCGUAUUUAUAACGCAGCCAGACCCCAGGAUGGAUAUCGGAUGGUGCAGCAGUUCCAGUUCCUGGGCUGGCCAAUGUACAGGGACACGCCAGUGUCCAAGCGCUCCUUCCUGAAGCUCAUUCGCCAGGUGGACAAGUGGCAAGAAGAAUACAACGGCGGAGAAGGUCGCACGGUGGUGCAUUGCUUAAAUGGGGGUGGCCGCAGUGGUGCGUUCUGCGCCAUCAGCAUUGUCUGCGAGAUGCUCCGGCACCAGAGGGCAGUGGACGUGUUCCAUGCUGUGAAGACGCUGCGGAACAACAAACCCAACAUGGUGGACCUCCUGGAUCAGUACAAGUUCUGCUACGAGGUGGCUCUGGAAUACUUGAAUUCCGGCUGAUGGCGAAAAGGGCCCUCCCGUCCGACAAAGCCUAGAUGAUCCUGGUAUUUGUGUAUGCCAGAUGAGGACUUCUCAAUACGCUUAUUUUGCUUUGCAUAAUCGGCUCUUUUUUAAGAGCCCAAAGAAAGUGUUUAUGAACUGCUUGCGCUGCCCGACUCCCUCUGCAAAGCUGCUGCAAGACAGACACACACACAGCACUAAGGCAUCAAAUUCUGUCCUCGCCACGGACCCGCGGGGGGCAGUGUGGACGCCCGGUAAACUGAAGAGCACAAUUAUAUUCUUAUGAAGGAAUUUGUACCUCUGGGGUAUUAUUUUGUGGCCCGUGACCGUUUGUUAUUGUUACAGCUGAGUGUACAUUUUUGUUCUGUGGAGAAUGCUACCUGGCAUUAUAUAAUAUAUUAUUUUAGUCCGUAUUUGUAUUUUAACAUGUUGCUUAACAUAAGCUUCUGUAGCUUUCCAGGACUAACAGAUAAGUGUGUGACGAACAAAGAUACCUUGUUUGCAUUGCUGUUUCUAUCCGAUUUGUAAUGUUUCCCAGGGAAAGGCUUGGAAGGGAUUCAGUUCAAAAAUGCAAAACCUGACGAUCAGCGUCACAGACCCAAAGCUUUUCCGUGUGUUUAUAUUGUAAAUAUUUUUGAUUUCGUCAAAUUAUUUAUUCAUUAAAAGAAACUUUUGUGAA